AUGCCGUCCUUUAAACGCGCACCGUCGUCCUCGGACGGCGAGGACCAGAUCGAUCAAGGCUCUGAGAGUGCCCGAUCAGCCUCCCCAUCUUAUUCGCGGAAACGACAGCGGACUACCGACUCGCCAUCCUCCGAUAAUGACAUAGAAGCGAGCGAUCAUGACUCCGACGCGGCCGACCCUCUUACUGAUGAUCUGACUAUGGAUGAUGCCGAGUUGGAACUCCGCCAGACACAAAUCAUUCAAGAGAAAUACGCCCACCUUGUUGAUGAAUCAAACGUCCCCGCCGAACAUGGAAUCCUUGAACGCGUCGAAUGCUACAACUUCAUGUGUCACGAUCACUUUCAGGUGGAAUUGGGGCCGCUGAUCAAUUUCAUUGUCGGGAAAAAUGGCAGUGGGAAAAGCGCAAUCUUGACAGGCAUCACGCUCUGCCUGGGAGGCAAGGCGUCUGCCACGAAUCGCGGUCAGAGCCUAAAGAAUUUCAUCAAAGAAGGCAGAGAAAAUGCUUCCAUUAUCGUGCGGAUCAAGAACCAAGGAGACGGUGCCUAUUUGCCGGACGACUACGGAAAGUCCAUCAUCGUUGAACGACAUUUCUCCAAGAAUGGAGCGAGUGGUUUCAAAAUCAAAGCAGACAAUGGUCGCAUCGUUUCAACCAAAAAAGCAGAGCUCGACGCCAUUACCGACUACUUUUCCCUGCAGAUUGACAAUCCCAUGAAUGUUCUUUCCCAGGACAUGGCUCGUCAAUUUCUCAGCACCUCGAGUCCUGCGGAAAAGUACAAGUUCUUCGUCAGAGGUGUCCAGCUGGAGCAACUGGAUCAAGAUUACCGUCUAAUCGAAGAAUCAGUUGACCAGAUUGAGGAGAAGCUAAGAAGCAAAAUACAAGACCUCGGCUUCCUAGCCAGCCGCAGCGAUGCAACAAAGAAGAAAUUGGAGCUUUCUGAUCAGCAUGAUUCCUUGAGAGGGCGCAUCAGAAACAUGCAGCAGCAGAUGGCCUGGGCACAGGUUGAGGAAGUGGAAAGAACCCGCGAUAUCUUGAACGAUGAGAUGUCUAAAACGGACAGCAAGAUAGCGAGCGCAGAAGCCGCACUCGGCCGAUUUGACGAUGAUUUUCAGGCCGUUGAGGCUGAUUCUGAAAGGGCCGCGGAGCAUGCUUGGCGAGCCGAUUCCGAGCUUGAGGAAGCCCGAGGGGAGAGAGAAAAGAUCAAGGAGAAGCAAGACGACGCACUCAGCCAGCGUCAUGAUCUCCAGGCCGAGCAAAGACAGAUCAAACAGUAUCUCGAAGCGGCGAAAUCCAGAAUCUCGGAGACGCAACAAAGAAUGGCUGAUGAAGAACGAAGACUUGCGGAGGUGAGUGACGGAGGAUACGCUCGAAAACAGGAGGAGUGUGAGCAAGCCGCAACUCGAGCUGCUGCUGCCCGCAAAGAAUACGAGGAACAUCAGCCAGGUGCCGCGAGCUUGCAGGAAGAUGUCAAAACCGCCGGUAAGGAGAUGGAAUCGGCAAAAAAGCGGUGCGAAUCCAAAAAGAACGACAUAGGACAGGCGGAAAACCGAUUGCGGACCCUGACUAGGGAGGAUGGCCAGCGGCACACCGGCUUUCCAGAUAAGAUGCCGGCGCUCUUGAGAGCCAUUCAGCAAGAAAAGUCUUUCAGCAGUCAGCCAGUCGGGCCGAUUGGUGAUCAUAUCACAUUGCUCAGGCCAAAAUGGUCAUCCAUUCUCGAAAACUCGUUCGGUGCCACCCUGAGCAGUUUCAUUGUGAGCUGCAAGAGAGACAUGAAUAUUCUCUCGAAUCUCAUGGGCAAGGUGAAUUGCAACUGCCCCAUCUUCAUUGGAAGUGGCGGCGAUAUUGAUACCGCAGGUCACGAACCCGAUUCUCAGUACGACACGGCCCUGAGAACAUUACAGAUCAACAACCCCAUGGUGCGACGGCAGCUUAUCAUCAAUCAUGGCGUAGAACAAAUGCUGCUGAUUGAGGAUCUGGAGGAAGCUUCGACCGUGCUUUUUGAUGGCCAACGACCGAAAAAUGUGAAGCGAUGCUUCUGUAUCGACUCAAGGGAUCGACGACGAGGAAUUCAUCUCUCAUAUAAUCGUAUGGGUGAGCCUAGCCAGGCACCAGUGGGAGUGUAUCAUGGCCAUCCCCGCAUGAAAUCCGAUCUGGCCUCGCAGAUCAGCGCACAGCGUGACGUAAUCCAGGAUUUGAAAAGGCAGCUGAAUGAUUUGGAACACGAAUGGCAAUCUGCUCGGACCCGCUUCGAGAACUGCAAGCAGGCGGUUGCUCAACAUCUGCAACGAGAGAAAGAUCUGAGAAUCGAAAUGCAGGAAAUGGAGGAUCAUGUAGAAGCACUUCGAGAUGCCCUCGACAAAGACAAUGCUGAAGACGGGCGGAUCGAAGGCCUACGGACUGCUCUUCAGGAAGCCGAAGACGAGAAAAUCCUCAACGAAGGGUCAUACAGCGACAGUCAGGCAGCAAUGACCGAACUCAUGGACAAGUUGAAGAUGGUUCGGCGAGAGUUGAAGGCGCAGGAUGAAAGCAUCCAAAUCUUGGAGCAAAACUCACGCGUUGCUCAAAGCGAAAACUCGCAAGUGGAAAGCAGACGUCGUGAGAUCAUCACGAACAAGAAUAUUGCCGUUUCCAAGAUUGAAGAUGACAAAAAGGAGCGAGAGAAGAUCAAGGCGAGACGAGAUCAGGCGUCAUCGACAGUCCUGGAUUACACCGAGAAGGCGAGUAUGGUUUCAGCACGAGUUCCGGUCGACGAGGGCGAAACCACUCAUAGCCUGGAUCAGAAGCUGGUGAGGUUGCAGCGAGACUUGGAGCGCUAUCACGCAGAACUGGGCGCACCACGACACGAGAUUGCCGCUGAGGCUGGUCGGGCAGAAGCCGCGUAUCUGCAAGCGAAGAGGCAGGUCGAUGAACUGAAGACUCUUGCCCAGUAUCUCAAAGACACUCUCAAUAGCCGAAAGAAAAGAUGGGAGAUCUUUAGAUCACACAUUUCAUCUCGCGCCAAAGCCCAAUUCACUUACCUACUGAGUGAGAGAAGCUUCCGCGGUCGACUGCUUACAGACCAUGUUGGGAAGCUACUGGAUCUUCAGGUCGAACCCGAUAUCACCAAAGAUGACAGCACUGGGCGCGGUGCUAAGACCCUCUCUGGCGGCGAGAAAUCCUUCUCGCAAGUGUGUCUAUUGCUUGCUCUCUGGGAAGCCAUGGGGUCUCCCAUCCGCUGUCUGGAUGAAUUCGACGUGUACAUGGACCAUAUCAAUCGAAAGAUGGCCAUUGACAUGCUGAUGCUUGCUGCUCGACGCUCUAUCGGGCGACAGUUUAUCCUCAUCACCCCGGGGACCAAGACGGAUAUUACCAUCUCCCCCGACGUGCGGGUAAAGGAGUUGGCUGAACCCGAGCGUGGGCAAACCACUUUGAAUUUUCGGCGCUAA